UCAAACAACAUCAAAUUUAAAUUUAAACCAACAAAAAUUGUAUUGAAACAAGAAAACUUGAAACUUUAUUAAUCAUUCGGUUAAACUACUCAAAAUUUUAUAUUGUCUACUUUAAACCAUGGAUAACGUUAAAAUGCCUUUUCUACCCGAAGAAACACUCAAAACACAGCGUGUUGAAGUUUACUUAAAUGAUCUAAAGGGGCGAUUAAAGGAGCUGCGUGUUCAACAUGACGAAGUUAUUCAGAAUUCAGUAGAUAUAAUUAAAGAGAUAGACGAAGUAUCGUCCAGUUUGUUGUUGCCACAAAACAGUGGUAUUGAUUCCAGCGAUAAUGUUACCAAAAUCAAAAAGCUUAUUAAAGAAUUCGAAUCCGCAAGAGAGUCAAAUUCAACAAAGACACCUGUAUCUAUUGAAAGCAAGGUAGACAUUCGAAAAAUUUUGCAAAACUUCGAAAAACUUAAUGAGAGCCAUGUACUAAAAGAAAGUCUCGUGCUUUUUAAGCGCGCAAAAGAAUCUCUCGAGAAAAUCGAUGUUUUCCUUGGUACUCAUUUGGAAAAUGUUAUUAGUCAAUCGGUGAACGCUAGCAAUGGGAACAUUAAUCCACUGACAUCCGCAGUAACGACCAAAAAUGUAGAAUUUGAAAAUGAUUGUGGACAGUCGCCGACUUUUCCCCAACGUAACUCAGAUACCGUGAAUAAUAUUGUUCUUAAUGACGAUAAUAAAGUAAGGGAUUGUUCUUUGAAAUCAACCAAUUCUGGAUCAAAUACGCCUACAUUAGCUGUCGCUAAAAGCCAAAUCUCUACCAAUAGCAACUCUGACUUCAAACAUCGAAUUAACAUGUUUAGCAAUGACAAGUCAGGACAGGUAAAUAGCUGUGAUAAAAAUGUAACACCAUCAUGCUACGCUUCCUGCUGCAGCAGUGUCACUAGCAUGGAUGUCUACCAAUCCGCAGAAAAUUUUUGUAUAGCCAACAUGUGUGGCAAUGAAAGUAGCUGUGUAAACUCACUUGAGAUGGGCUAUGAAGGUGACAAUGAUGACAGUGAGUACGACUUGUUUGCACUAAAACGAAAGAAAAACAAAAUUUCGUCUGCAAAUCAGCAGUGAGGCGUUUUAGUUUAAAUUGUUCAGCAAUGUAAAUUAACGUUAUAAAUCAUGGCUCUUCAAAAACGAAAAGUGAUAUAAAAAAUGUAAAAUAUCUUAAAUUUUAAAAUAAAUUUGAAGAAUGGAAUAAAAAAAGUA